CAAUAUGCCUCAGGCCAAGGCUGUCGAAGGUGUGGAGGCAUAAAGAUAUGUUUGGGAUUGUCUUCUAUCAAUGCACCUUUUUAUUGCCCAGUAAAUUGUUUACGCUGCUAGUAGUAGCAAUUAGUAUAGUAAUAUAUAUUAGAGUAUUCUUACUAUUCCACUUCUCACAGAGUGCCUACACAGCUUAGUGCUUCCCCUUAAAAAAAUGAACUCAAGAAUAAGUUAGGUACAGAACAACCUUCCCUCUCAUGUUGAGCCAGGAAAAACCUGUAUGUAAUUAAAAUCAUACCUAAGCUUGAGGAAGUCAAAACCUCCCUAACGGAGCUGCAGUGAGAGGCGGAGCAAAACUGGAAAGACAACGUUUCAACGUAAUAUUUCUUAAAUGAAACUCAAGGUUUGUUAGUGUCGCAGGAGACUUGAGACGGUCGAGACAAAUCGGUUUCUCUCAAAAGAAACAUUAAACUGAGUUCAUCAAUAAAGUGAUUCAUCAGGUCUUUUUCAACAACACAUCAGAGACUCUUCUGCAAACACUGAUAUGGCUGCUGUCAGCUGUUUGCUAUCUGAAGAUCAAUUUCUGUGCUCCAUCUGUCUGGAUGUGUUCACUGAUCCAGUCAGCACACCAUGUGGACACAACUUCUGCAAGAAAUGCAUCGAUGUACACUGGAAUACUAAUGAGCAGUACCGGUGUCCCAUGUGUCAAGAGGUUUUCAUUAGAAGACCUGACCUGCAUAUCAACACUUUGUUCUCUGAGAUGGUUGCUCAGUUCAGACAGUCAGCUCAACAGAAAGCCACCAGAAGACGCUCAGAGCAACAAGUUGCCAAACCAGGAGAAGUUCCCUGUGACUUCUGCACUGGAACCAAACUGAAGGCCCUGAAGUCCUGCCUGGUGUGUCUGGCCUCCUACUGUGAUACUCACCUAGAGCCUCAUCUGACAAUGUCAGGUCUGAAAGCACAUCAGCUGAUCGACCCUGUGGAGAACCUGGAAGACAGGAUGUGUACGAAGCACGAUAAACCUCUGGUGCUGUUCUGUAAGACCGACCUGGCAUGUGUCUGCAUGCUCUGUAAUGUUGAAGACCACAAGAUGCAUGAUGUUGUUCCUCUGAAAGAUGAAUAUGAAGGAAAGAAGGCCGAGCUGGGGAAGACAGAGGCUGAAAUCCAGCAGAUGAUCCAUAACAGACGACUGAAGAUUCAGGAGAUCAAACACUCGGUAGACCUCAGUAAAGAAUAUGCAGACAGAGAUAUAGCAGACGGUGUUCAGGUCUUCACUGCUCUGAUGGAGUCUGUUGACAGAGGUCUGGCCAAUCUCAUCGACACGAUCAAAAUGAAGCAGAAAAUAACAGAAAAACAGGCUGAAGAUUUCAUCAAAGAGCUGGAACAGGAAAUCUCUGAGCUGUCAAAGAGAUGGGCAGACGUGGAGCAGCUCUCACGCUCUGAAGACCAACUCCAUCUUCUCCAGAGUGUCCAGUCCCUAAAAGCUGCUCCACCCACCAAGGACUGGACAGAGGUCAGCAUCCAUCCAUCAUAUGAAGAGACUGUGGUGAAAGCUGUGGCUCAGCUGGAGGAGACACUCAGUAAAGAGAUGAAGAAGCUGGUUCAAGCUGAGCUGAAGAGGGUCCAGCAGUAUGCAGUGGAUGUGACUCUUGAUCCUGAUACAGCUCAUCCCCAUCUCAUCCUGUCUGAUGAUGGGAAACAAGUGAAUGAUAGCGAUGUGAGGAAGGAUCUCCCAGACAACCCAGAGAGAUUUUCUAAUUGUGUUAGUGUUUUAGGAAAGCAGAGUUUCUCUUCAGGCAGAUUUUACUUUGAGGUUCAAGUUAAAGGAAAGACUAAAUGGUCUUUAGGAGUGGCCAGAGAGUCGAUCAACAGGAAGGGAGACCUCACACUGAGCCCUGAGGAUGGGAACUGGACUAUAUGUUUGAGAAAUGGAAAUGAGUAUGGAGCUCUUGCUGAGUUUGAUGUCAGCCUCUCUCUGAAGUCUCGGCCUCAGAAGCUGGGGGUGUUUGUGGAUUAUGAGGAGGGUCUGGUCUCCUUUUAUGACGUAGAUGCUGCCAUUCUUAUCUACUCUUUUACUGGCUGCUGCUUCACUGAGAAACUCCUUCCAUACUUCAGUCCUGGUCUUAAUGAUGGUGGUAAAAACUCUGCACCUCUGAUCAUCUCUCCGGUCAUAGUAUACUUAUAAAUUUCCUGCAUUUAUUUUAUUCAUUAAAGGGAACAAUUGUACAUACGGUAUUUAACGUGAAUACCGUAUAAUUUAGAUCUCAUUUCCUUAGGAAUCUAUUAACUGUGGUGAUUGACUUACACUUCAUUGUAAAGACUAGUGCAGUGCCCAUUCAAAACAUGCCUGUUCAGAACGGGACCCAGGGGCAGACUUUACCGUUACGUUUAAGGUAGGCAACUGACUGAGGCCCCCAACUAAAAGGGCCCAAACAGCUACAGAUUUAUUAUGAUGUUUAGAUAUGAAAAAUAUUGAAUCAUGUUACUAUUCUAACUCAUUGUGCCCCGAAAUAACUUACAAAUCACUUAAAAAAAAAAUAUGUAACUCAUCUUUAUACUACUUACUGUGUACUUGUACUUCAGAGGAAAACAUUGUAGUACUACAUUUACCCGACAGAGAAAUGUUACUGGUUACGUUGCAGAUUCAGGUUUUACUCACAAAAUAAAACAAUUAAAAUGUGAUGCAUUAUUAUUUAGUAAACUAUCCAGAAUCAUAUUAGAAUCCAAAGCUCCGACUUGAACAGAUGUUAAGUAUAUUUAAGUACAUUUUGCUGAUAAUGCCUCUCUUUCACUCUUCACUUGAAGUAAGCUUCUGAAUGCACGACUUUUACUGUGCGUUAUUAAUAGUUUUACUAUUAAUAGUUCAUAGUUUUAGGCCUACUUCUUCUACCACUGCCAAUACCAACAUUCCCAGUAUGAGAAAAGAUUGUGAAAAGUAAAGCAAGAUGGCAUUUGCCCUUGGGGCCCCCAGAUCACUAAAUCCACCCCUGAAUAACACACUCAGGUCACGGUUACUCACGGUCAGAAAGAUUAGGCCACCAUUGUAAAUACGAAUUUGUUCUUAAUUGACUUGCCUGGUUAAAUAAAGGUUAAAGGUCAAAUACUGAAUGUGCUGCAUGUCCGAAUUACAUCAAAUUUGACACUGCAUGUCCUCGGGUCCCCUGUAAUACACCCGCCAAGUGUGAAGUCGAAUAACACAGGAGGGAGGGACAGACAGACAGAUGCCUGGCUUUAUAGUUAGAUUUUGUAUUAUAUGCAUCCAAUUAAAUAGCCAACACAUUUAUUUGAUGCAUUCAUGUCUUCAACCUUGCAUCAUGGCACAGGUUGUUGGGAUAAUAUCUAUCUAAACCUCUGUUAAAUCUACAGACAUUUAUUUUCACUUCAAGAAGAAAUGACUGUUUCUAAAGACACCAAAUAUGACGUUUGAUUUUGAGCAAUUUUGCAAAGACUGCUGCAAAAUAUCUUGUUUUUUAUUUUUCCAUUUGAUGUGCAGCCACAGAAAACAUAUUGCUGAAUAUGUAAUUAUGUCAUAAAGCAUUUAGGAUUAAGGCCUAUUACAUGCCUAUAAUGUCUACAGAAUACAGAUUGUGUCAUUGUUAUAGUGGGUAUAAAAAGUUAAUGGAGAAAGUUAAAAAAGGGAAUAGAUACUGGUAGAAUUCUCCAUUUUGUGUGAAAAGUGGUUUGGUUAAUUACUGGUCACUUUGGCCAAUGUUUAUUUGUUUUGUGAAUACCGGUAAGAUGGGUUAUGAGUCAAAGAAAUCUGUAAGUAUGUGAUUGUGAAAUAAAAACUGUGAAAUAAACUAGUUGUUCACCACAAGGCCUGAGUAAACAGUAAUUUGAGCACCAAACACUUAAUUAAAAUACCUGGUUUACACAUAAAUUGUAUUUCAUGACAAAUACAUUGUAUUUCCUGUGGCUUUUUCACAAUAAAAGCUCAUCUGUGUUUCACCAGUUGGAGGCUUUUAAUGUGCCGCAGUGGCAGGAGGAAAUAUUUGUUUCCACUAGCAAUGAUUGAAUACAGUAUGUCUGUAGGAGAGUGAACAGUAAUCAGUGAGGCAAUGAGAUAGAGUUACACUGGAUUAUAUGUCGCAUAGAUUCCAGUCAAUCCCUCGUGUGAGUGAUGGCGAUCGCCAAUCCAGCAGGGUAAUGGCGAUCGA